AUGAAGUUCUCAAAUCUCUUAGCUGCUGCAGUCGCUACCUUUGGUCUGGUGCGCUCAGGAUGCAGCCAAAUAGUCAAGCACAGGCCCUCAGAAGGUGCAGGUGUCUCCUAUAGCAUCAAUGUACCUAAGAAUACCUCUUCGACGGGCUCUGGCCCCAUCUUUCUCCAAUUACAGGCACCACCUGGUGUCAAAUGGUUUGCCCUAGGUCAGGGGUCGCAAAUGACAGACGGGAACUUGUUCAUCGUCUAUGCAGCAUCCAGACACAAUGUCACCUUGUCCACUCGGAGGGCAACCGGUCAUGUGCAACCUCUUUAUGACCCGAGUAUCGAGGCAUAUCUUCUUGACGGCUCUGGUAUCCACGACGGGGUCAUGACCGCUAACAUCCGUUGUGAUAACUGCACAACUCUUGCUAAUGGAGAGAGUGCACUGGGCAAUUCCAGCUCCUGGAUGUGGGCCCUGACGCAUGGCCCUCCGAUGAUGUCCAGCAACGUAUCCCAGCUGUUAUACCAACAUGACUGGCACGGCACUUUCACCCUGAAUACCACUUGGGCUGUUGGGGGCAACAAUACCAACCCCUUCGUUGUCCCGAUGGCAACCAUGCACGAGCUGUCGGCAUACACUCACCAGCAGCAAGUCAGCGAUACCAUUCUUCAUAAGAAACGAAUCGCCCAUGGCGUGAUGACUUCAGUGGCCUUCGUCCUUCUCUUCCCCAACUUCGCUCUUCUUUUGUACAUCGUCCCUUCUCGGCGUACAGUACCGUGGAUUCAUGCUCCUCUGCAGCUUUUUGCUGUGCUCCUAGCGUUAGCUGGGUUUGGGGUCGGUGUCUCUGUCUCCAAAGAUCUGCAGGAGAUUGGAGGCUACCACCCGGUCAUCGGUUAUGUGGCGGUUGGGGGUGUUGUUUUGAUCCAGCCAAUACUGGGCAUCAUGCAACAUCUCCACUUCCGCAAGACAGGAACAAGUUCGCUAUAUGGCGUCUCCCAUCGUUACCUAGGACGAUUUUUCGCGGCCCUGGGAGUCAUCAAUGGCGGAGUAGGGUUUCAUUAUGCCACUGCCAAAAAUCCUGAUAUUCCUCCGGCUUCCCCUAUUGCUUAUGGCAUAAUAUGUGGGUCAAUGUUCAUCAUCUACGUCUCCGUCAUCUUUUGGAGGAGAUCGAAGUCGGCAUCCAAGACCUCGAGGUUUAGUUUACCCUUCUUCCGACGGCGACAAGAGAAACCGCCGAUCGCCAAACUCGAAAAUAACAGCGACAGCACACUUUGUGGAAGUGGAGUUGUUGAGACGUCACGGGAGAAGUCAUGGUUGCCAUGA